AUGACAAUCUUAUCUACGAUCUCAUCAUUUCAAGCUCCCUUGACCCUACUCCUAGUCAUAUUCGGUCCGACACUCCUACCUCGUCUAAUCGCAUUCAUCCGCCGUAGACCAUCUUCCACACCUAAACCACCCAGAGUAGCAACACCUGUAUCGUUAAAGCUGUUUCUGGCUAUACAUACAUUAUGGAUGACCAAACAAUUGAUCUCACCGCCGUUCGAUCUGUUCUCACAUCAAAAUUUACCUAUAUCAACAUCGAAUUCCAAUAUACGACUUGAACUCAUUGGAACAAUCUCAGAAGAUAAUUCUAAUAUACAUCCAUUGGUUGAAUUGUUGUUGACUAAAUUGAAAGUAAUGGAUAAUCGGAUAAACUACGUACGAUAUGGUCAUAAAUCUUUGAUAGAAUGUGUUUGGUGUAAUAACCCAAUUGACUAUUUACUCUAUUCAACACCUAAUAUAUUGAGUUGGUAUUUCCUUGAAGCUGUGUAUCUGGGUAUGAUGGGUUGGACAAAGAUAUCAGGUAAGGAGAGUGAUAAAAGAACUGAGAGAUGGAGGGGUACUUUUGGUUGGUCAUUGCUAGUGGCUGCAAUACUGGAAAUUGGUCUAAAAUGGUUAUGGGAUAUUAGAGUUGUAGAAGGUAAUUGUAUACAUCUAUCAUCUGUGAUACAUACCGUCAGGUCUAUAUACCUGUUACUCCUUCCUAUAAUAUACAGUUUCCUCCCGUUACCUUCAUCCAACUUAUCCCCUCAGACAUUCAUACCGAUGAUAUCGAAUACAACGUCGACAUUGCGACUCACAUCUCUCGCUCGAGCGGCUAUACAUCGGUCGCCAAGAUUGAGAGAGACCCGAUCUAGUCUAGGAAGGAGGGAAGCAGAGCGAGCUGAGAUUAUCAGACGAGAUGAGGAAGUGAGAAGGACGGUCAAGGACUCAGGGUUGGACGAGGUAAAUAUGAGAGAAGGAGCGGAAAGGUGGGUAAGGGAUGGUUGGGAUGGUAUGAUCAGGGUUGAUCCGGCAGGCCAAAGAUAG